ACAGAAAAUACUUUCCCAUCUUGCUCCUCGUUUUACAUGGUAUCAGAGCGCUGAUCUUGGGACCGACUAAUCGCGCAAUUCGUGACUGAAGAUGGCUGGCCAGACAAGGAGCUUUGGUGAAGGAAACCGUGAACAAGGUGAACGGAGGAAAAUCAACGACCCUUCCUCACCAUACUACCUGUCGAGUUCGGACUUUCCGGGGUUACACAUCUGUGCGGUUGCUCUCAAGGGUGAGAACAACUAUCGGGAAUGGGCGACGGCGAUGAAGAACGCGUUCCGUGCAAAAUGGAAAUUGGGGUUUCUGGAUGGGACCAUUAAACGACCGGUGAACAAUGAAAAGGACCUCGAAGAUUGGCACACCGUCAACUCCAUGGCGGUGGGCUGGAUUAUGACUUCGGCAGAUCCGGCUAUUCGUUCUAAUCUGGCCUAUAUGGACAGUGUUUGUGACUUAUGGAACGACAUCGAGGCACGCUUCUCUGUUGGAGAUGCAAUGAGAACUCAUGAAUUGAAGGAGUUGAUUCGGAAUUGCCGUCAACAAGGGCAGCCAAUCACCACCUAUUUUUGGCGACUCAAGACGCUUUGGGAUGACUACGAUGGCGUUCGGAAUUUUCCCCAGUGUACCUGCAAUGGUUGCACUUGUGAUCUCAAAAAGUUGUUCAUCAAAUAUAUUGAAAAUGAAAAAACCCAUGAUUUCUUGAUGGGCCUUGACACCGAGACCUAUGGUAAUUUGCGGUCCAACAUACUCGGAGCGGAUGAUUUACCGUCAUUGACUAAAGUGUACAACAUGAUUGUACAAGAAGAAAGACUUCAAAGUCUGACCCGGGGACGUGAACAGAAGCAUGAAGCAGUAGCUUUUGUUGCACGCACUGGACCAACUGGUGGGAAGGAUGAACGAGAAAAAUGUUCCUAUUGUCAAAAGUUUGGGCAUGAUUUUCACAAUUGCUUUCGACGCACUGGAAACUACCCGGAGUGGUGGUAUGAAAACCCGGGACGGGCUCGCGGCGGAAGAGGACGUGGAGGGUCCAGUCGUGGCGGGGCUGGACGUGGAGGAACGGGCAGAGGAACUGGACGUGGGACUGCCCAUGCCAUGCAUGUGGGUGAACUCCAGGGAGAUGGCACGCCGGCACAAGGAACGAAGGAGAUGGUCUUGCAUAAGCCGGGAUUUACCGAUGAACAAUGGCAGGUUCUUAUAAAACUGAUGGAAAACUGUAAGACAUCUUCCUCGGGAGAAAAACUCACAGGACCUACCUACGAGGAUGCCGAUUGGAGUGGGUGAACGACGAGGGGGAGUUUAUUUUUUCCGGGGUCUGGAUCGAGCUCAGGCAUAUGCAGUGGGAAGUUCAGACUCAGGUGGAUUGUGGCAUUCAAGGUUGGGUCACCCGUCAAUAAAAGUACUCCGUUUGCUUGGUCGUUUAAAUAAUUCGUUGUUGCGUUCUGUUGAAAAUAAAGUUUGUGAUGCUUGUAUAAGAGGCAAGCAAACACGUGAUAGUUUUGUUGUUAGUAAUGCUAGAGCUAUUGAACCAUUUGAGUUAAUACAUUGUGAUAUUUGGGGGCCC